AUUAUGAUUAGCAUAUCUGACAUAUGUAUUGCCGGAACAUUAUCUAGGAACAACAUGUCGAGCGAAAUCUUGUUCUUACUGGUUAUUUUGUUAAAUUCUUUCUACAUACAGGAAAUUCAUGGUACAUGUUCCGAAGAUGGCACGGGCUGUAACAAGUUCGAAUGCGAAUACAAUAUCCUACUGAAACUUGUACAACUUGAAGAAAAGACCGUUCAGCAGGAGAAUAAAAUCGCAUCACUAACAGAAGAACUUAAAGGUGCAAAAGACACAAUAGCUGAAUUGAACGAAACGGUCAUGAAGAAAGAAAAGUCUUCUGAAGGUACCACAUACAUACGUUGGGGAAGAACAGAAUGUCCUAGUACAGCCUUUCUAGUGUACGACGGAUACGCCGCUGAAUCUCAUUACACUCAUACUGGAACCGCAACAAAUCCAUUUUGUCUGCCUAAAGAUCCAGUCUAUGGCAACCACACAGAUGGAUUUCAAAAAACUGGUGGGCUUUAUGGUGCAGAAUAUGAAACAAGCACACACAGCACAUGGAGUUACCUUCAAAACCAUGAAAUUCCGUGUGCUGUUUGCCGCAUUCCACGCAACAACGUCCUCAUGGUACCUGGGAAAAAUGUGUGUCACGAGAAUUACAUGCUUGAAUAUAAAGGCUGUCUUAUGUCUGAAUACUAUCGUCACAACUCACCGUCUGAAUUUGUAUGCGUCGAUGAUGACCCAGAAAUGUUAACAGGUGGAGGAGGGGACCAAAAUGGACGCCUGUUUUAUUUUGUAGAAGGAGAAUGUGGCUCACUGCAAUGUCCACCAUAUAAAAAUGGCUGGGAGCUUACAUGUGCCGUUUGUUCGUUUUCGCCAGGUGCUCAGUCUACAAAGCUUCAGCCGUACAUUUGACAUUAUUGAGCAUACAUAACUAGAUAAUAGUAUUGAUAAUUUUAUAUUCGUUGUCGUGUAAUGUUAUGCAUUAAAUAUCAAAAUUAUAUCUCUAUCGCAGCGGCGGAAUACAAGCCUAAAAUAACACAUCGGUAUUCUAAUCAUCGAUUUCGAUAUAUUCAAAGACUAUUCAAAGGACUUUUAGCUAAAAUUUGUCGACUUUUUCCAUGUUUUGCUUUCUCAAUAUCUACUUUUACCUUCAGGUGUAUGUAGUAUUAAUAUCGGUACAUUGUAUUUUUGUGGCACAAGUUUAAAUUAACUUAAUCUUACUUGUAAAUUCUUCAGCAAUAGAAAUACUAGGUAAUAACAGAACUACUCAAAGUCUGCCGCAAUCCACAGUAAAAAAAAAACAUAAUCAAGGUUUUGCGAUUAUCUCCCAUUGUUUAAAUAUACACUUUCAUAGCAGUAGGUUUUGUGUGGUGUCGACGUUUGUUAUUAUAUUUGCUGUGUAAAAUGUUUAUGGUGUUUAAACAAUAUAUUAAAAAAUAUGCUUUACUUACAUUUCCGAUCUGAACUUUUGCAUGAUACCUCUUCUCCAAAACGCUGUUUACCCAAGCUGUGAUUCAUAUAAAAUUGCAAACGUUCAAAACAGUGAUCUUAUCGAUAGGCUGAAGUUAAUUGUUCAAGACUUAUAAAGGCGUCGGCACUUUCCUGGGUAAUGCAAGCAAUAUCUUGACAAUGUGUAUGUGCUUAUGAACAAAACUGUAAAAGUAAAUUUAAAGAAAUAAUGAUUUAUAUUUGAUAUAUGCCCGACGGUACGUAUUAUGUUAAGACGCCGGUGUCCGUCUUUCUGUCCGUCCGUCCGUCCGUUAGCAAUUUCGUGUUCGCUCCGUAUCUCUUGAAUCCCAGGAAGGAUUUCGAAUAGACUUGACAAGAAUUUUCACCACAUUAAGACGACGUGCAUAGCGCAUGUUUUGUGUGGCUCACUUCAAGGUCAUGGUCACACUUUGAGGUCAAAUAUCAUAUGACUUUGUUCCGUGACCGCUCUGCAUCUCUUAAACAGCUUGGUGGAUUUUACAGAAACUUUAUUUCAAAUAAUCACCACAUCAAGAAGACGUGCAGAGCGCAAGGUCACACUUAGGGAGUGAAAGGUUAUACCUUCGGGCGUAUUUUACUCCGCAUCGCGGUGUUCUUGAUCAAUUGUGUGAAAAAAGUUGAAACAGUUUAAUACUUGAAAGAUUAUACAGUACUGCGAUAUACGGACAUUUAACUUGGAAAUAAAUGAAUGCGUAAAAACAAUCAUUAUAAGACACAAAAUCAUAUCGACGAAGUCAAACUUAGGUUUACUAGUGUUAGAGUUAGAGUUUGAGCUUUUCACUAAAGAGUUUCAAUGUUAGUUAAGAUGCUUCGAAAAGUUUAUUACAAACGUCAUGGUAAAGGUGAAUAUGUAUGUGCUGACCCUGACAGUUCUAAAAGUCGUAGGCAACUUUUUAUUUAUUUAAAAAUAACAUUUAAACAUUAUCAAUUCCGCACUACAUCUACAUCAAUAGCAACCCCAGAUGAGUUUUAAAUUCAACAAAUGGGCCGCGCCAUGAGAAAACCAACAUAGUGCGUUUGCUACCAGCAUAGAUCUAGACCACGCUGGGCAUCAGCGCAGUCUGCUCAGGACCCAUGCUAUUCGCUUUUAAAUCCUAUAGCAAUUAGAGAAACCGUUAGCAAACAGUAUGGAUACUGACCAGACUGUGCGGAUGCUGGUCGCAAAGCCACUAUUUUGAUUUUCACAUGGCGCGGCUCAAAUAUUGUUUACGAACACAUUAAACAUCUCAUUUUCAAAACUUCCUCAUAACUUUGUCAAACAAUGAUCUAUUGGCUGUUUAUGUAGCCAAACGCUUUCCUAUACCUCUUCUUCAUAUACGAAUUAAUACAAAUAAUACUGUGUAAUAAAUGUCUCAAUAGCCUGCGAACUAGCAAUGUAUCAAGUGACAUUAUACUAUUGUUACUAUAUAUAUGUAUUGUAUAUUGAUGUUAAUCUUCUUCAUAGAAUAUAUGUUGUACACAA